AUGGUCAACGAUGAAUAUAGGAAGUCUAGAAAGUUUGAAAGUGGGCUUCGUGGACCGAUACAAGAUCGAGUUAACAUACCCAACAUGCCGACUUGCGCCGGAGUAUUGGACAAAGCCAUCUUAGCAGAAGCUAACCUGAACAGGUACCAGAAUUCAGGAGAAAACCAGAGAAAGAGGCAGAACUAUGACAAUCGCCGCGUGUCGUAUGGAGCCAAGAAGAAGGCAAGCAUGGGUAAUUCUAGCAACUCGAAUCAGGAGGUUAUGGGUCAUGUAAUUGAUGAAAAGGGUAUUUCGAUUGACCCUAGUAAGAUUGGAGCUGUUGUGAAUUGGCUGAGGCCGACUAAUGUGUCCGAGGUUCGUAGUUUUCUAGGUUUGACAGGUUAUUACAGAAAGUUCGUGAAGGACUUCUCAAGGAUUACAAUUCCAUCGACACAAUUGACUAAGAAGGGAGCGGCAUACGAAUAG